UGUCAGUCAUUACCGAGACGAGACAUCAUUGGUCGGAUUCAUUCGUUGAAGGAGAUUUAAAUUUUCAAAAUGUCAGCUACGUUAGUGCGUUUAGUUUACUUUUAAUUAUUGUUUUGGAUGCAUCUUAAUCCGAGCUAGACUUCAGAGCAAGGUGAGUGGUUGUUUGUGCCUGGAAAAGGUACAAUGGCGAUUUUGGAGGAGAGUCUGAAGACAAUGGUGAGAAUCUUUAGAAGAGAAUGUCACCGAGUUCUGGAAUCGGAGAGGACAACUAUUUUGGGAGCAAAUGAAAUAUUGAUGGUUUUACAACUUGCCAUAGCAGACGUCAAUAAACAGGAGUGUGGAGAGUUUAGUGUGGUGCUGAGUGAAGUUCUGAUGAUCUGGAAAUACUUACUGUGUGACAAGCUUCACCUACCCCACAACGACUCCCCACGCCCAGAGAACUAUGACCUCAUUCGGAGAGCGUACGAAUCCUUUCUGAAACGGACAAACACUGUGGACCUGAUUGAUAUCCAGUCUAUGUACAAACAGCUGAAAGUCGACUCAGACCCAGGGGAGACUUUGAGCUCAAUCCAGCUGUUCCAGUUUCUGACAGGUAAUGCAGAGACUGGUGAUCUGAGGGAUUCCACAGUCCCUUUAACUCCAUCAAGCAAGUCAAGGCCAUGCAGCACACAGGUUAAAAAGGUAAUGAGGAUGGUGUUCUGCUCAUACUUAAAUCUGCUAGUCAACACCAAGAAUGACAUAGCUUUAGCACACAUUCUUGAUACACCUAAUCGUUCGCUUGGACGCGCAGCAUUUACCAACCUCAAGCAUGCAGCACGGGACAAGGACACAUCACUCUUCCUGGCCGUGACCUCUUUCGUAAGGGCCAUCCAGCUGGGGGGGAGAGGCUAUGCCCCAGCUGAGUCUGAUCCACUGAGGAAACACUUGAAAGGACUGUCCGACUUUGUCCAUUUCAUGGACAACUUGGACGAGAUACUGGGAGAUAACCCUGACCCCAGUAUUGCGGGAAUAAGACUAGUGACCAGUAUUAGAGCAUCUCUUGUGAAGGGCCGCAGCAGGGAUGAUAUGGUGUAUUCUGCAGCAGAGGAGACUGCCAGGGAUCUGCAGGAGAGGAUCCAGCAGAUCCAUCAUACCCGGAAAAAGACGGCUAGUGGAACAGGGAUAAGUCCAGCCAGGCCCAAAGCAUAUGCGAUCAACCACGCCACCGCGUUAGGUGGCCGGGAGACAGUGAAGGUCCUGAUGGCACUGCUUGAUGAGGAGGCCCUGGUCCCGCCGUGCAGGAACAAGGCAGACCUGCUGUCUGAGGACCUGGCUGUCCUCACUGAGGCAGAGGAGAUCUGCAUGCUCACACUGUUCAGAUCUCCUGCAGCUCCUUCGGUGUCUUCUCCAAAGCCGCUGGCCAACCGUGUCCAGGAUCGUCAAGAAUCCUUUAAACCCAAGGUCGCUAAACUGGUCAUUAGGUCCCAGUUUGCCUGUACCUAUCUGGAUGAGGAGCUGCCCCUGAACCGCGUGCUGGAGUUCCCCAGCACCAGCCAGGUCCCCACCUGUGUGCACUCUGCCCCCAAACGGACCAUCACCACAGUACCAGAUGAGGGAGACUGGGAGCCAAAAACCACCUCUGCUGUGGAGGACCCGGGCACAGAGGUGAACACAGAGUCUGUGAGGAAGGAGCGAGGACGUCCACUUGGGCAAAGGUGUGGAAAUGCCCCUGAGAGGCUGGUUGUCCAGAGCAGGAAGAAGCCCACCAGCCAGACAGCAGUCAAAGCUUGUAAGAGGAAGCAGGUGGAUGGAAAUGAAGAUGACAGCUCGGAGAACCAGCCCCCUCAGAAGAAGCCAUCCAUAACAGUCUCAAAGAAGAUGCCUGUAAAAAAUGCCCCCAAAGCCCCUGGUAAAAAGAAGCUGAUUUCAGGGCAGGGCAAGCUUACCAGCUUCUUCAGAGUGUGAACAUUUUGGUUUAGUUGUGGAGGUGGGAGGCAUGGACAAUACAUCUUCUCUCCAGUUAUACGGGGAAAAGUGUAAAAUGUGUGUUUUUGAAUGUGCAUAAUGCAUUGAUGCAAAAUAACCAUGAGGCAAUUUGGAAAAUCUGAGCCCUGUCAACCCACCAGUUUGGUUUGGUACUAAAUCAGUUGAUGCAGUUUAACUUUGACCUGGUAGUUUUGCCAAAGGCUUCUCUUUUUUUAUCUUUUGUAUCUCUGCCAUCAUGGAUCUAUUAUUAUUAUUAUUCUCGUUGCCUGUGGAACUGUAAUUCUAUUCCGGUAAUGAAACACACACUGUACAUAUUGUUCAAUUUUAAUAAAGUUGUAUCAUUUUUUUAUAUA